UCUCUCUCUCUCUCUCAUAUAAAGAAAGACAAGAGUCUGUUUUGUUCACCCUCAUCGUCAGUACAUUUCUGCUUUGCCCUCCUUCUCAAUCUCCAUUGAAAACAUCAAAAUCUUUCAAAAACAACAAAAGAGAAGAAAAAAAAAAGUUCCCAUUGAAACCCAGGAAGAAAAAAAGAUGGGAAAUUGCCAAGCAGUGGACACAGCAUCAGUGGUGAUUCAGCACCCAAGUGGGAAAGAAGACAAGUUCAGUAUCCCUGUCUCUGCGAGUUAUGUCAUGAAGAUGAACCCCGGCCACUACGUCGCUCUUCUCAUCUCCACCACCACUCUCUCCGGAGCCGGCGGAGCCACCGCGCCUCCGCCGCUUCGGCUGACGAGGAUCAAGCUUCUCCGACCGACAGAUACCCUCGCCCUUGGACAGGUCUAUAGACUCAUCACCACUCAAGAUGUAAAGAAAGGAUUGUUAGCAAAGAAAUGUGCAAAGUUGAAGAAGCAGCAUAAAGAAACGGCAGAGAAUCUAGAUGUUGCAAUGCCGAGUAAAUCAAUCGAGCUUGACAAGGAAAUUCAGAUAAAGAAGCAAGAAAAACAAAGGCCGAGAAUCUCAAGAUCGUGGCAGCCGUCUUUACAAAGCAUAUCAGAAGGUUCGAGCUGACAAUUCUGCAAGUAUGGGGAAAAUUCAGAGAAUUUGUUAAGUUUCGGGGUCGAUGUGAAAACAAUCGGAAAAGGCUGACAAAAACAUGGGAUUGCAUUGCCCAAAAUCAAUGACAAAAGCUGUUCCCUUGUUGCGUGUAACAUGAAGUGGUAAAAGUUGAGAGCAAUCAUAAAUUGUUGACAAAGAGUGUCAAAUUUUUUCUGAAUAAAUUAUUAUUAUUAUUA